AUGGAAAUAGGAAAUAAGGUUUACCUAAAUAACAUUGACCAGAUAGAUGAAAAAUCGCAUAUCAAGGUUCGGGUGCUUAAAAUUUGGAACUUUGUCAGAAAUAAUAAAGUUUGUUCGAUUGAAAUGAUCAUCAUGGACGAGGAGGGUACACAAUACCAAGCUCGUGUCUUCAAUCAGAAUUUCUCCAGAUUUCGUCAUCUUUUAAAGGAAGAUGAAAGUUAUAUAGUUAUAAAACCCAAUAUGGCUGUUGUUACUAAUGAUGUUAUUGGACAUAUCGUGUCAUUUAGGCCUCUUGAAACUUCAAAUCCAGUACCAUCCAAGCAUUAUAUAAAACUCACUCUUAGCAACCUAGAUUCUGUACAUCUGAAGGUUACUAUUUUUGGAAGUCAAACAUAUCAAAUUUCAGAAUACCUAAAAAAUAACCCGACGGUUGAUUUUGUUGUUAUCAUGAUGCAGUUUUUGAAGCAAAACAUUUGGAAUGGUCUUGGUGAAGCUAAAAGUCAUUUUGAAGUAACGAAAUUGUUCAUAAAUUCUGACAUUUAUGAAAUAAAUGAGUUUAAAAAUAAGUUGAAAUGUCAUGACAAUUUCGGUAUAACUGAAAAAAGCAUAACUAUACUUCAAAGCUACUCUUCUUCAUAUACAGAUGACUUUAAGGGCAAUUUUCCAUUAAAAACAGUCUGUGAGAUCACCGAACCAAUUAAGUUUUUAUUAGUUGCUUCCAUUGUUAAUAUAAGGCAGAAUCUACCAUGGUAUUAUGAAGCAUGCAAAAAAUGUGGAAAAAAAAUAAUCCCUGUUCCCAAAGCCAAUCAUUCGUAUACCAACCCUGAGGGAAUUUCAGAAACUAUGGUUGUCGAGUGUACAAAUGCACAAUGCAAAAAAUCUGAAUUUCAGUUUAUAAUUCCAAUCAACGUACAAGAUUGUAUUGGAACCAUUGGAUUGACUCUUUUUUAUAGGGAAGCAAGGAGGUUGUUAAAUAUAAGUUCCUACGAGUUGAAAAAGAUACAUGAUGCGGCCGGAGACAGUGAUGCCCUAUUUCCAAUGCAACUUAACGUGUUGAAAAACCGCAAGUUUGUUCUCAAAGUUACAGAAGAUAUGUCUAUUGUUUCUGAAUUGGAAAGUAAAAUAGAACUUAUGAGUAUUCAAUCUGUCUCCUUAAAUCAAGUUGCUUUGGAAUCCGAUGAUGUUGUACAGCCUGUUCAAAAGGAUGUGAUCUCACAAACAGACGAAAGUUUUACACCCUCAACAGUUGAUAAGUCAACCGCAACAAGUCCAAGCAAAAUAUCAGGUGAUUUGAAGCGCAACCUCCAAGAAAUUUAUGAUGUUGAUUCUGGAGAUGAUUUAAGUUCAACUAAGGCUAAAAGAAAGUCAACCGCAGAGGAAACCCCACUCUUGAUUCCAAAAAUGGAAAAGUGA